UACUGAAAAAAUAAAAGAGCGAUAAUUGUUAUUGUUAGCUUGUUAGCUAGCAGACGAACUCGUGAAUGGAGAUAUGACAGAGUAAUAACGUCUUAUUACAUGUGCACGAUUAAGUUAUUACAAACGUUAAGUGAUGGAGGACGGAAACAGGACUGAUGCUGCUUCCACAUCCAAAAGCCAUGCAGGCUCACUCCACCUGCAGACUCCGAAAAAUGAGGACACCUAUGAGAUUGCCAUCCCCUAUGAAGAGAACAACUUUGAACAGCAAGGAUUUUUCAACCAGAGUGAUCAGAAUUUUGAUGAGUCACCCCCGUCUGCUGGCCCGUCUUCAGUCAACAACUCAUACAUGGUGAUCACUAACCUGCGGACCCAGCUACAGAUCUCUCUGGAGAAAAACUCUUGGCUGCAGAAAAGAAUUGAGGACUUGGAAGAGGAGAGGGACUUCCUCCGUUGCCAGCUGGACCGCUUCAUCUUUUCCACAAAAAGCCAGGGACAGGAGCAGCGUCAGAGCCAGUACAGUAACGGUUAUGAAUCUAGACGGUUCAACUGGAGGGCAAGAAGAGAGGACGAUCGUCCCGCUGAGCAACAGAAGACGGACUCACAGCAUUUCCCCUCACGCCCGUUUAUCCAGCGAAGGCCUGGUCCUCCCACCAUGGUGCCUUCCAAAAACCAUGUCUCCAGUCCACUAACAAAUCAACUUGCCUCUAUUAAUGCGUUGUUCAACUCUACACAAUCCCAGGCUCUCUUGCAAGGCCAUAGCCAUAGUACUUCCAGCACCACAGCCAGCGGCAGCAACAGCAACAGUGCCACAAGGCCAUCCAUGAAUGAAAUGAGUGGACAUAGCAACUUAGGUCCAGGUAAUACAAAUGAUUCACUUUCACUCAUGGGAGAAUCUGAGGAGUAUUUGGAGCAGGAUGGCUACCUCGAGGAGGAGGAAAUGAUAUCAGGGGAAGAUGUAAUGUCGGAUACCAUUAACAGCAACAGACACCAAUUAAAAAGGAGGCGGGUCUUCCGAGCCCCUAGAGAGCGGCAGAGAGUGAAAGAUGCUGCUGGUGUGCUGUUUCGCUACAAGAAGAUCCUCCUUACAUACCAGCGUCUGAAAAAUAUGUCCAAAGCCUUCCAAAUUCAUGGUGUGGACCGCAACACGGUGGCUUCCACCACACCCAUUGCUGAGCUGCUUCUAGUGGCCCCAGAGAAGGUGGCGGAGGUGGGUGAGUUUGACCCAUCCAAGGAGAAGCUGCUGGACUAUGCCCGGCGCUGCUACACUGCCCUGGAUGAGGAGACACUCAGCAGGGUGCAGGCCCUGAAAAAGAAUAACCUGCUUCUGCCCAUCUCCUACAGGUUCAGACACUGAAGGGAGAAAGACAGGGGAAUGGGAAGUGUCUCUGGACAACAGUGGAGUUGGUAGUUAAGUGAGGAGAGAAGAGGCAGUUGAGCUCUGUUGCAGCAGGUCAACUCACCUCUGAGGCACAGAGAUGUUCAGAGGCUUGAGGAAUUAUUUUGCUAUCUCAGCGUCCUGGAUAUGGCCAUGUAAACUGCAGCUGAGAUCCUCAGACAGAUAAACUUUUUACACCUCACUUAUAUUAUCAAUAUGUUGAACCGGAUUGUCAUGUUUCUUUGACAGAUCAUCACCAUUGUUCCAGUAAUGUUGAGGAUGUGGGAGUGUCUGCUGCAGCAUGAAAGGGAAAAAACAUGGUUCCCAUUGCUCAGAGAUGACAUGACAAAAUGGCGUGUCUGUGUGAUUGGGAAUUUGUGAACAAGAAUGUAGAGAGGGGUUUGAUAUUCUUCAGUACUUAAAGGAGUGUAACCAACUUAGCUCAUUCAUGUUUCAACCUUGAGGUCAGACACACAGACCUUUCCUAAACAUCUGGAAUAGAUUGAGGCCAGUAAGUCAUAAAAAAAAAUAGCAAUUUUUAUCACUUUAUUUCUGUGCAAUCCUAAAAAUUUGGUACUUUUCAAUCACAGUGUCUGUGCACGUUAAAAUUAUGCUGCAAUUCAUUGACUUUGUAAAAUUAUGCUGUACUUUAUACUUAAGUUUAAGAAAUGCUUCUUUCCUUUUGUUAUAUUUUACUCAGUGUGUUUGUAGCAUUAUUUUUGGUCAUUGUCAUUAUAUUCUCAACCAUUUUCACUUGCCUUAAUGCAAUUCUUGUGAUUUCCUUGUGUAAGACAUGCAAUGGUUUUGGAUCACUUUUGCUCCCUUUACACACAAUGCAUUAGAAUUGUUUUGCGUUCUCUUUUCCUUUCUAUUCCUCCUGUUUUAAAGCAGGGGAGAACUGGAGAACUGACUAUGGUAAAGACUUGUCCAGUGUUAUGUGGCGCAAAUACAUUUUUGACAAUAACACACUUCUGGCAACAAAUGCCACUCUUUUUUGAUAAAAUCAAAGACAGACACGAAUAUGUUCGUGAUAUCGUAUGUGUUUAACUUAUAUAAUAAGACAUGUUGGUCUUGGGCCCAGUUUUAACAACAAUACAGCAUUACUCUGUUGUUCCACUAAGAGUUGUACCAACCCUUUUUGUAAAUGAUCUGCACUAAAAUACAGUAAAUGUCACUUCUUAUGCUUCUGGUAUUGAGGCUCUUUUGAUGUUUUGGUGACAACAAUACCUUUUGUAAAAUACGGUACAGAGUUUUUACUAUACUAGCUAUUUGUAACAUUGUGUAACUUUUGGUUCUGUGUGAAAAAUUGUGGACAUGAAUCACAAACAGUUGUGAGUAACAGUAUUAGCAAAAGCAGUUAGCUUGUGCCCACGGACGAUCUAUCAUUGCUUCCCAAUACUCCACUACAAAUGCAUGUGAAAAGAGCUCUUUGAUGGUCCAUAGUUUAUAGAGGUCUGGUCGAAAAUUUGUCAUUUUCAAAGCAGCAGACAUGUUGAUUAUAUUGUAUGACAAUGUGUGGUGUUUUACCGGUACAGUGAUAUGAUGAACACAUUGAUGAAUUACAUUACAUUAACACAGAUUAGGUUACAGUGGAAUACAGUGACUCUCGGCUUAAAUUUUCAUAUUUCAAUAACCUUAUUCCUGAAAGUAAACAGACAUAAGUACUGUAAACUGUAAUGUCAUCUUCACUGUCUGUCUAAGGUGCAGUGUAACUGUUAAGCAGACUUUGCAAACUCGUACCAGGGUGCUGUGUUUUAAAAAAACAACAACAUUUAUCUGUCCCAUUUUUAUGUAUAUUGAGUGAAACGUAUCUCACUGAAGCAUCAUUCAUUUAAGUAAGACUAAAAUACCAUGAAGGCAUUUGAUUUCUUACCAAACUGUAGAGUUUCAGUCUUUAAAUACCAACAUCACCAUUCACUGGAAUAAAUGCUUAUGAUUGGGGACUUAAGGUGAUUCUGUUAUAUGUUUUAGCCUGUCUGUGCGGAAGUGUGCAUACAUCAUUGUGUACAAAAAUCACUUUUGUUCUUUGAAGAAUCAGGAAACUGGGCAACUACGUUGUGCAGUAAAUGGUCUUUCAGCUAAAAGAAAAUGUGGCUUUACUUUGAGCACUUUAUUUCGUAAUUGCCUCCAGUUAAAAAUAGGUAAUCAGAACUCUAUCCUUGGAGGGAAACACUGAAUAUGGUCUUAUGGGAUAAAGAGUUUGUGAAUAUUUUUUUGUUCAUUUGAUAAACCCAGUGUUAACAUUUUGGUAUUAAAAUAAAUAUGACAAAUAGCAUUGAAUAA